UCUCUCUCUCUCUCUCUCUCUCUCUCUCUUGAAUAGAGUUCUUGAAGAUUAAGAAAAAUGUCAAGCAACGAAGAAUCUAUGGAGGAUUCGAAUGGGGAUUCAUUUGGGACGGUUAAGCAAAGGCUCAAAGAUAGAUCCGAGAAAGUGGCACAGACAAAGGAGAAAACAAAGCAAAUUUUGUCCAAACAAGCCGAUAAGAUCGCUAAGCAAGCCGAGGAACAUGAAAGAUUCAUUAACAAGGUGACUCAUUUUAUGGGCGUUCUGGGGUUUGGGACAUUUUGCUUUCUUUUAGGUGCAAGGCCACAAGAUAUACCAUAUGUUUAUUGUUUGUUCUUCUUCACCUUCGUUCCUCUUCGAUGGAUUUAUUACCGGUAUAAGAAAUGGCACUAUUAUCUUUUGGAUUUUUGUUACUAUGCCAACACGAUCUUCUUGGUUCAACUUCUGUUCUAUCCGAGAAAUGAAAAACUUUUCAUGGUUUGCUUCUCAUUCGCAGAGGGACCACUGGCAUGGGCGUUGAUUGUUUGGCGUUGUAGCUUAGUUUUUAGUUCUGUUGACAAACUUGUAAGCGUCCUCAUACAUCUUUUACCUGGGUUGGUUUUUUUCACAAUUCGAUGGUGGGAUCCAACAUUCUUUGCAGCCAUGCAUCCAGAAGGAACUGCUCAGAGAGUGUCAUGGCCUUAUGUAGAAAGCAAAUCUUAUCUGUGGACAUGGCUAUUUCUAGUUCCUUUAAUUGCUUACAGCCUUUGGCAGGUUCUCUAUUUUCUCAUUGUAAAUGUCCUUCGUCGACAGAGGCUGUUAAGAGAUCCCGAAGUCAUGACAUCUUACAGGGAACUCUCAAAGAAAGCACAAAAGGCAAACAAUGUAUGGUGGCGUUUAAGUGGUUUGCUUGGGGAGCAGAAUAGGAUGUUUAUGUAUAUUCUUCUCCAAGCCAUCUUCACUGUGGCAACCAUGGCACUCACGGUCCCCAUAUUUUUGUCGUACAAAUUACAUCUUAUUUUCCAAAUACUCAAGGUUUCUGCAGCCAUAUGGAAUGGAGGAAGCUUUUUACUGGAAGUGAUGCCUAGGCAAGUGGUUCUCAAGGAGAAGAAAAAAACAGAAAUGCAGCAGCCUAUAGUCAGUACUCAGGAAGAUCAGUCAGUUGGGCCGGAAAAUGCAAUGGGAACAUAGUAUGAGCCAAUACUCCAUAGACUCCAUACAAACUCAGGUAGACCAGUCUUCAGUUGUGCUGGAAAUUCAAUGAAAACAACAAAUUCUGUCUCACUGUCGAGACAAGUUUGAAUCUUUACAGCUGUUUACAAGUAAUGUCUUAGAAACAGAGUUUCGUAUCCCAUGGGAAGGGACAUCAAAAUUGAUUUGAUUCUUAGCUGUUGAAGUUGGUAGUUGUUUUCAAAUCAGUGAUAAUGGUUGUCCCGUUUGUGUGGUAGGUUGAAACUUGUAGAAAGUGUAAGGAGAUCUGAAACAAAGUUUCCAUGUUCAGGUGUUUCAGUACUCUUUUUUUUUUUCAACAGGUGUUUUAGUACUCCAAAUAACUGUUUCUGAAAUGCUUUGUUGAGAAUCUGAUUUUAAUAGUGAUGUCAAUGUAAGAAAUUGUAGCAUGAUAGAAUGUGAUGGCAUACGAUCGUUCUGAAUCU